AUGCCAGGUCGGCUUCCUCCUCCUACUACUACUCCUUCCCCUCCGCCCCCCACCCCACCCAUAGUCCCUCCGCCUCCCUUACCCCUUCACACCCCUCCACCGACUUAUGGGCAGCCUCAUCCUCCACCCCUUCCCGUCGGUUACCCACAUCCCACCCCCAUUACCUACAACACCCACUCACUCGCCACUGCUACCUGUUGUGACCCAUGUACACCUCCUCCUCCACCUCCACCUCCUCCUCCCCCUCCCUCUUGUCUCUACCUUUCCUCCCACAUAGAGGGUGAGGGGGUUGGUCGGUCACUGAGGAUAACAUCUUUGUAUUUCAGCGGGCGUCUAAAUGCCUGCUCUCUCUUCUGCCACCGCCUUCUCCGUGAGCCCCCUUUUCAUUCUCCGUCCGUCCUCCUCCUCUCCUCUUCCUCCUCCUCCUCCUCCUCCACCAACAUGACAACAAGCCCCACACCCACACCCCCACCAUCCUUCCUCAUUUUCAUUCUCUGUACCUACUUUAUCAUCAUCAUCAUCAUCAUCAUCAUCAUGUAUCUCCAUCGCCGUCAACAGCCUCCUCCACCAUCAUUAUCAUUGCUGUGCACAUCUAGAGAGAAGAUCUUGGGCAGCCUGGCCCUCAUCAUGGACCCCGCUAUCGUCAUCCUGCCCACCGCCCACACAAUGCCCCGCCCCCAUGCCCACCGCCCACACAAUGCCCCCGUGGUCCAUGACCCUCCGCCAUGUCCACCUUCGUCCCCUUCAUGUGUACCCAGAUUCAGCACCCACAUAACCAUCGUGCCCAAGAUUCGAGUCUGA